UGACGGCUGGGCUGAUGGACAUUAGCUGGAGGAAAGGAUCUGUAUUUAGUGGGAGAGAGAGGGAGGAGACGCGGUUAAGGGAGGAAAUCCAAACACUCCCGAGUAAAAAAAAUAAGGAAGACAGAAAAAGGCCACAUUAGAUGCUUCAUAUGCCGCACUCACUGUACUGCGGACUGACCGCGCGCACGGAUGAAACGCUGGAGAAAGACGUGCCGCGCGCUCGUCCUCGGCGAAAUGGAAUAAAACUGAGACGCAGACCGGAUCAGGCUUUUCAAUCAGAGGAGAAAACAAAAGUUUCACCCUUUCUUGUUACGCGCGUGAUCGGAACCGUUGGAUUCAGUUCGGAUUUGCCAAAUGAUAUUUCGCUUUGAGAAAAAAAAAAAACAGAAAGGAAAAGAAAAGAAAAACAUCGUGUUUGUGUUCUUUUCCUCUUUUAACCCCCCUUUUCUUUCUGUCUGUGUUUUCUUUUCUUUCUUCGCCGUGCCCUGCGAGGAGAAUUAACCUAUCCGUCUUUUCAGCCCUUUUCAAAAGGAGGGGAGGAAGAGAGGAGAGAAGAGAAAAAAACAGAGGGAGAUGAGAGCAGCAAAUCCCCUUUUUAUUCAUCUUGUUGCCUUCAAUAAGUGAAGAAUGUGUCGCCUAUCAGUCACCAAGGGGAUGAGGAGCGCGAGCGCCGUGCACAGCAUCAGUGAGGCGCAGACACAGAGCGCGAGAGCAGCAGCAGCAGCAGCUUCGAGCUCCCUCACACACACAUAAAACACACACACACGCACACACACACUCACACAUACACACACAGAGACACAUACACAAACGCACGCGCGCAUACACAUGCGGCUGACCGGCCCUGCGCAUCGCUGGAACAUGUGGAGUGCCGCCUUGCGCGUGCUCGCGCUGCUGCUCGGACUGAAAGGCGCGUGCGUGCUGCUCGUGUCCGCGCUGUCGGGAGCGAGCGCGGCGAACAGCAGCGGCCGCUGGUGGGGUAUUGUGAACGUGGCAUCUUCAGCCAACCUCUUGACCAACACCAAAAACGUGCAGUUGGCGCUGGACCCCAGCCUGACUUUGCUCAGCCGUCGUCAGAGGAGGCUGAUCCGGCAGAACCCUGGCAUUCUGCACGCCAUCGCGGCCGGCCUGCACACGGCCAUCAAAGAGUGCAAGUGGCAGUUCCGCAACCGCCGCUGGAACUGUCCCACCUCACACACACCCACCGUCUUUGGCAAAAUCGUCAACAGAGGUUGCCGAGAGACAGCCUUCGUGUUUGCCAUCACGAGUGCGGGGGUGACCCAUGCAGUGGCCCGGUCCUGCUCUGAAGGCACCAUCGAGACCUGCACCUGCGACUACAGGCGGCGGGGCCCCGGUGGGCCAGACUGGCAUUGGGGCGGCUGCAGUGACAAUGUGGAUUUCGGCCGGGUGUUUGGACGAGAGUUCGUGGAUUCCAGCGAGAGAGGCAGAGACCUGCGAUACCUCACUAAUCUACACAACAAUGAAGCAGGGAGAAUAACUGUUGCCGCAGAGAUGCGUCAAGAGUGUAAGUGUCAUGGCAUGUCUGGCUCCUGCACUGUCCGCACCUGCUGGAUGCGGUUACCCAGCUUUAGAGCGGUUGGGGAUGUUCUGAAGGACCGCUUCGAUGGAGCCUCCAGAGUGGUAUAUGCCAACAAAGGCAGCAACCGGGCGUCCCAUCGCGCUGACCCCCGCCACUUGCAGCCUGAGAAUCCGGCACACAAGCUGCCAUCUGCCCGUGACCUUGUCUACUUUGAAAAGUCCCCUAAUUUUUGUUCUUACAAUGGCAAAACGGGCACGUUGGGCACAUCGGGACGCACCUGCAACAGCUCAUCUCCGGCACUGGACGGCUGCGAGCUGCUGUGCUGUGGGCGGGGCUAUAAGACUCAUAUUGAGAAGGUGACGGAGAGAUGCCACUGUACUUUCCACUGGUGCUGCCAUGUCAGCUGCCUCAACUGCACCAGCACGCAGACUCUGCACCAGUGUUUAUGAGGGCAGCAUCACUGCCACAUUCAAACGGGCAUAAACUGAAAUUGGACAUUUGGACUAUGGGCGUUUAUCCAGGUUCAGUGUGUAUAUAUUGGAGAUUAAUAUCUUUUUUAGCAGUUGCUCUCAUACAAAAAACAGUGGCUGGGUAAGUAAAAAAAAAAAUAAAUAAAUAAAAUAAAGAAAAGAAUAGAGCUAAAUGAGCUAAAUAAAUACUC